UAAUGACGCAAGGUCUGUUGUUUUGAAACACAACUAGCUUCAAAUCUGCACAACAGACCACAACAGACCACAACAUUUUAACAGUUAGGAUAUUUCAGAUGGAAGCCCAGCAGAUCCCUGCUAGUGUUAACAGCAGCGAGGAUGUCUUCAUUCCACAGGAAAAGUUCUACGGACCGUGUGACAUCACUUUGCUGGUAAAAGAUGGCAUUGUCAAAGCCCACAAGAAAAAUUUGUCAAAAUCAAGCGACUUCUUUGAGAGUCUGCUAAACUCCAAUAUGAGAGAGAGGAACGAAGGAAUAGUAAGGUUUGAAACGCUAAGCAAGGCCGAUUUGGGAGAUGUCCUGGAGUUUAUUUACACCGGUAGCGUUGACAUUUUAUCCGAAAACCAGGCUAAGGAAAUCAUUGCGAUAGCUGACUAUAUGCUGAUCCAGCAAUUAAAAUAUCUCGCUGGGAGAUUCUUAGCAAACAAGUUAAAUGUUUUCAAUUGCAUUCCGACGUACUAUUUUGCACAAAGAUUUCAAUGCAAAGAACUCUUUUCGGACACCUGGAAAUUCAUCGUUGGAAAUUUCACCGCUGUAGCGAAAACGAAAGAGUUUCUGGACUUGGCAGUCGAGAAUGUUGAAAUUUGGAUUUCAAGCGACGAAAUAAAUGUUAGCGCCGAGGAAGACGUAUUCAAGAUCCUUUUAACUUGGAUCGAUCACGACAAAAGCGAGCGAAAGAAGUGUUUCGAAACCCUAUUCAACCACCUGCGCCUUCCUUUCGUGACGCGUGACUACCUUCACAGAGAUAUCAUGACAAAUGAUCUUGUGAGAGUUAAUGAAAGAUGUCUAGAUCUUGUUGAGCAGACUUUAGAAAUGGUUGACUCUAAAAACUACGACAAUCUCUCUAUCAGCCCCAGAAAGUCGCUUGAGAUCCCUGUUAUACUAGUCUGCGAGCACAAUUUAGAAGAUCAACUGCUCUGUUAUUUCCCACGUGACAACAGCUGGUGUAAAUUGCGUGAGACUAGCCCGUUGUGUGACCAAGUAAUAUCUUGUCAUGGUAAACUGUAUUUCUUAUCAAAAAGUGAGUAUAAACUGUUGCGCUAUGAUUCUUUUUCUAACCGCUGGAGCUCGUUAUCAUAUAAAGGAGGAAAAGAUAUCCAGCAACUCUUUGUUAGAAAUGAUGAUGAAAUUUACGCUUAUGCGACGGAAAAUUCCACGUCUUGCCCUGGCUGUGUUGCACUACGCUGUAGUGGAACAGAAGACGGCGUCGUAGGAAGCUCUCGCUGUGGGAAGAAGCAUUUUUCCCAUUUCAUGAAGUAUAAAGCUGAAACAAACUUUUGGGAAGAGAUUUCGUCAUUUGACGUGGGAUCUAGAGAAGGAAUUUGCAUCGUAGCCGAAGACAGCUUCAUCUAUUUUGUUGGUGGCAGACGAUCCAACAUGCAGCUGAAAGAUGCAGACAGGUAUGACCUUGACAAAACCAAGUGGGACAAGAUACCUGACAUGCAGAAAGCCAGACAAUGGGCUUACGGUGCUGUCGCACACGGGAGACUUUUUAUCACGGAUAAUGGCAAAUCUUACCAUGAGGAGAGAACAUGCGAGGUUUACCUCGAAACAACAAAUGAGUGGCAAUUCAUAGCAAGCUUGAGGAUCCCACGCACCCGACAGGGCUGCAUGAUGUGUGUCGAUGGCAAAUUGUAUGUACUAAACGAUUGUGUUUGGUCUGUGAGUGGAACAAGAGGAAAGAUUGAGUGUUAUGACCCAGACAAGGAUGAAUGGCGGGAACAAACUGAGAUACCCCUCAAACGAGUCACGUAUGCAUGGUAUCUCUUAAACUCUUGUUCAAUGAGAGUGUUUAAGGGAGGUUACCUUCAUUGGCCACGCCCGUCAGGGUGCUGUCUCGAGCACAGUAAAACCUGUAACACUUUAGUCUAA